UUUGUAUGUGAAAGUCAUCCUACGGCUAUCGGUAUUUGCCCUGUUGUUGUUAAGCCGACAGAUGACGUGAAAAGGGGGAGGCUGCGUGUUCAAGCACUCAAACCGGAGAGAUGUGAAGUCAUAUGGUUGCGCAAAGACACAAAAUAUGUGAUCAAUAUUUGAUAGUUCGAGAUCAGGCACGAACUUCAAAAGGUCAACUUGUUAGGCGAUGUUGAACUCAGCAGCCUCGGCACUUGUGGACACUGAUUCAGCUGAAAAAGGUAAAAGAGAAAUAAUUGGUCGAAAUAUAACCUCACAAUACGAAACUGUGGAAAGCAAUACAGAGAGCGUAAAAGAACAGCUUCAAUCUUUGAACCUUAGAAACACGGAUGAUAUAAACGCCAACAAAAUGACCAGCCAAACUUUGAGCGAAAAAGAAAACGGAUAUGCUAAACAGUCUCAUUUUGUCGGAAAUUCCGUCGAACGGAAACCGAUGAGCCCGUCAACUCAACCAACAGCAACAGAACGGAGUAAGAGAGUUCUACCGGCGACACCGAAAUCACUUUAUAAUUCCACACCAAGUCGAUCGACUUCGUCGCUACUUCAACCGUCUGAAACAUUAAAUUCUAAACGCCUGAGCAGGUCUUCUUCACUAAGCAGUAACACCACUUCUUCUUUGUCAUCUGAAGAUGACCUCACUAGAUCAAAAACAAAACAAACUCACAUUGCAGUGUACAAGUUCGUGGCCCGGCAUGACGACGAAGUGAAUUUGGAGACUGGGGAUGCGGUUUAUGUCAGUAGGAAAUGUGAAGAUCUGUGGUUUGAAGGGAUUAACUUGCGAACAGGAGAUUCGGGAUGUUUUCCUUCACGUUACGUCUCUGAUAUUCUGCGAGGAGGUGCAGUCCAAGAUAAUUCUGUUAAUGAGGCAGAAGUAAAUCAAUUCAGUGUCAGGUUUCUUGGGUCAGUGGAGGUAAAUGGCUUCAAGGGAAAUGAGAUCAUAUGUGAUGCUAUGAAAGAGAUUGUUAAACAGCAUCAACUGACCUCAGCUUCCAAGCCCCCAGCUUGUAUUCUGGAUGUAAGUGAAAGAGGAAUAAAGAUAAUUGAACACCCACAGGCGGCUGAAGGAAGAAAGGGUUCUGUAUCGGGCAAGAAAUCAAGCAAACGUAAAUUAGGAAAGCUGUUAGAUAAAGACUCAAAGGAAUCUUCAACACAAUGUCACUACUUUGCAUUAAAGAAUGUAACGUUUUGUGGUUGUCAUCCACAAAAUGCAAGAUUCUUCGCUUUUAUCACGAAGCAUCCUGAAGAUCACCGUUUUGCUUGUCACGUGUUUAUGUCAGAAUAUUCAACCGAGCCAGUGGCGAAUGCCGUGGGACGUGCCUUCAAGAAGUUUUACGCUGAAUUUCUUGACUACCAAGCUCCCAUAGAAGACUUCUACUUCGAAUGACUUUUCUAAAUACAGUCACGAUGAUAAGACAAUAAGAUUUAUAUUUUUACAGCAAUUUAUUUGACAAAUUUAUAUGCCAAUCUGAGUGACAAAUGCUUUAACCUGUUCAAGCAGCUCCAGAAUUCGGGGAAACGAAAAGUCUUCUCCUCAUUUGUUUCGCAAGUGGCAACAAAGUUGACAACGAUCCGGGGAAAAAAUAUAUCUAUUAAUUUAUAUUUUUGUAUGCAAAUAAAAAUAGUAUGUACUGCUGAGUACAGAGAGCUUAUCUAAUACCAAAUGAAUUUCAAACCAGGCAUUAGAAGCGAACUAUGGAUUUUGACGAGAAGUUUGAUAUUUUGCGAAGAAAGACCGUUUCCAGAUCUGUCUCUUUCCUGUUAAAAAUACAUACUAAAAUAGUUAAGACAGUACAGCGAUCUAAUUAAGUUAUGAAGCAGAUGAAGAUUUUAAACAUUAGUUUUUGAAAACAUGAGCUCUGUGCAAGUUUGUUGUUACUAUCCAGUUUGUACUCUCCACGUUCGUAAGAACUGAAGAUAUAUUGCAAGUAUUUUUCCUUGAUGUGUAUGCGGCGUUACUAAACAUAUCAAGGCAACUAUUAAAAGAGAGUGUAACAAGCUUUAUAAAAGCAAAGACGUACUAAUUUCUACCAUGUAAGAAUGUUUAGUCAAAUAUAAUUUGGAAAGAAUAAGAUAAGCAAAAAUUUUAUACAAGAAAACUAAAACACCGCGUCAUUGCGGUUGCAGUAAUUCCCUUUGAAUGAAUUUAUAAUUUGAUAAUUUUAUGAGAAGCAUUCUGAUUUUAUAUAAUAACGUCCAUAGAUUGUGCCGAAAAGAUAUUUCAUAGGAACUAUGUGGUAUAUGAUGGUUUUAAAAGUCAGACUUUCAGAAAAUAAAUGAUAAAUUAAUCGAGGUUGGACGAAAACGGCCCACAUUGCAGACUCGACAACCAUUUAGAUACCGUCAUUAUUUACUCUAUUUCCACAGUUUUCUUUCUGUGGAAGUUCAUAAUUCAGGAAUAAAGUAAUCACUUAGUUGCAAUACAGCUUGUAUUUAAUUAAAAGCAAUUGUACUUUGUUAAUUGAAAAACGGUCUUGUGACACGUGUUUAGUGAAAGUGUUUUGUAUCAAUAGCAGAUCGGUUGUAUACUGGUUUUCAAUUAAACGUGAAUGAAAUAAACCAUUUAAUAAUCACGA